AUGUCGACGGAAGAUACACCGUUACUCUCAGGUGAGGUCUCCGCUGACCUCAAUCCCACCAAAUCUAAUGAUGACACAAUCACAGCUUCACCGACUUCAGCCGCUGCCUUUCCUGAAAACACAGCUUUCGCGAAAAGGCUGGUCAGAAAAAUAGAUUUAAGACUCAUGUCAUUAAUGUUUAUAACGUUUAAUUUUAAUUACAUCGAUAAGAGUAUCUUGAGCACUGCCGCUGUGUUUGGGUUGGUUGGAGAUACGCAUCUAGUGAACGGCCAGUUUAGCUCCAUCUCGAGUGUCUUCUAUUUCGGCUAUCUCUUAUGGGAAUAUCCUGGUGUUUAUCUGAUCCAAACCCUCCCUGUUGCAAAAUACAUUGCAGCGGAUAUUGUGAUCUGGGGAAUUAUUGUUGCGAGUACGGCUUCCUGUACCUCUUAUGAGGGACUGAUGGUAGCGAGGUUGUUCACAGGGAUGGUAGAAUCAAGCAUUAGUCCGGCAUUUUUGUAUGUUACGAGUAUGUGGUAUACGAGGGAUGAAAUGCCUAGUCGUAUGGGGCUGUGGUAUGCGGGUAAUUCUUUCGGAGGUGCCGUUGCUAGUUUGCUCUCUUUUGGGAUAGGACAGAUUCAUUCUUCAUUAAAACCUUGGAAGUUGUUAUAUAUUAUAUUCGGAUCAGCGACUGCUUUAUGGGGCUUUGUUGUCCUGAUUUGUUUACCAGAUACUAUCUCCAGAGCCAAGUUUCUCACCCCGGAAGAGAAGAAAUGUGCAGAAGAGAGAGUUCGUGUGGCGGGGACUGGAAUUACUAUGUCUGUCAAGAAUGAGUGGAAAGGUGAACAGGCUAUCGAGUGUCUACUUGAUCCGAAAACUUGGUUUUGCGUUUUCAUCUCCCUUUUUACCAUGAUUCCGAAUGGAGGAACAACCAGUUUCGCAAACAUCCUAAUAACAAGCUUCGGAUUUACUGGUCUUCAAUCAACCCUCAUCUCCCUCCCAUCUUCUCUAAUAUCUUUUCUCACAAUUGUGCUGUCCGGAUAUCUCGCGUCCCGCUAUCGCAAUACUACGACUCUCCUUCUCUCUACUCUUCUUUUACCCCCUAUUAUCGGUGCCAGCCUCAUGAACUGGGCUCGUCUCAGUUCGUUAAAACUAACAGGAGCCAAUACAAGAGGAACGACGAAAAAAAUGACAAUGAGUGCUUGUAUGUUUGUGGCAUACUGUGUGGGGAAUAUGUUGGGUCCGCAUAUUUUUGGUGGUAAGGAGAGAGAUAUGGGGUUUGGGAGAGGUUUUGCGGUUUGUUUAGGAUGUUACUUUCUGUCUGCAGCAAUGGCGGUAGGACUAAGGGUUUAUCUAAAGGGGGUUAACGCGAGGAGGGACAGAGAGGAAUGGGGUUUGGAGUCCGAGGGUGCGGGCGAGGGUGAGGGGACAGAAGGAGAAAUGGCCAUGGGCGGGGAUCUUACGGAUUUUCAGACUCGAGGGUUUAGAUAUAGAUUAUAG